AUGCCGACGAGUAUCUCCUUCGCCGCAGUGGCCUCCUCCGGCUUGGGCGGUGCGACCCAGACUGCGAGCGUUGCAGCCAGCACGACAUCUGCAGCCUCUGUCGUCUGGAGUUCCUCCAACCCGCUCAACAACAACACCUUUAAGACUUAUUUCCUCAUUCCCUACUUCUUCGCCCACGAGCUCUCUUGGCCCAGCUUCAGAUAUGCCUACGUACUCUGGUUCGUCAUCGGCGCAGUGCUCCUCAUCUGGUCCUUGCUCCAUCAGUUCGGCCAUGGCGAUGGCGGCGUCAUAGGCGCCUUCGUGCGCUCCUACACGAUCAGAAGACUCGAUGUCGGCAUCGGAAAGUCCCGGCACCAUGUUCAGCCCUUGGCUCAUCACCUGGCACAAGCGAGCAACGACCGCAAGUCGACGCUCAACAGCCCCACCAGUCCCAUCGUGACCACUCAGGCCCACUUUGACUCGCCUGACCACUAUCCGCCCGCACCUGUCCGGUACAGUCAAGUAGGCGCUCCGGCCGGCAAGAGCAGAGGUAUCAAGCCAAGAAGGUUCCUCUGCCCUACGCUCAGCCAGAUCGUCACACUCGUCAUCAUCACCGUCGUCCUCUUCAGCGUAUCUUAUUUCGGCGACGACUACCUAGCUCCGACAGACUGUGUCCUCAGCGCAGGGGUCUGCAAGCCUGCCAUAUCUUCAGGCCCGCCCAAGUCAACGAUUGCGCCCCAGAAGCGCUCCUUGCUCGAAAAACGCAAGGCCGUCGACACGAGUCUCAACCCCAAUGGCUGGGCGCCUUUUAAUGACCCCUUGUUGACCACUGCUAAUUACCGCAUCGCAAAGAAUUAUUGGACUUCUUCCUCUCGAGUUGGCAUGAUUGCCUAUGCGCUCCUCCCACUCGUCAUCACCCUUGCUGUCAAGCUCUGGCCCUUCAACAUCUUUGCCAUUCCUUUCUUGACCAAUUACGGCUUCGACAAGACGGCUUUCUUCCAUCGCUGGGUUGGCAGGCUCAUCUUUGCGCUCUCGACGGUCCACGUCGGUCUGUGGACGAAGCAGCUCUUGCUCGAUAUUGAUCCCUACGGCAACGCUGUCUUCUAUGACGUAUGGAUCUACUAUCGUUUCAUUGCCGGCGUCGUCGCCUACGUCGCUCUCUGUGCCAUGGUCGUCUUAUCAUUCAACCCACUCAGGAGCCGUUUCUACGAGCUCUUCUACUAUUCACACGUCGCACUAUCUAUUGCUUUUCUCGUCGGCUGCCUCGUACACUUUGAGACACUUCAAUAUUGGGCCAUCGCUGCACUGGCCCUCUGGGGCGGCGAGCGCGCAACUCGCGGUGCCAUCUGGUGCUGGAUCAAUGGACUGGGCAAGCGAUCAAGCAAGGAGCAGACGUGGUCGCCGGCACGCAAAGACAGCGACUUCACAGUACACUCUGUCGAGAAGCAAGGCCGCUCGCCUUAUCAACGUCAUGAUAUGCAGCAAUCUCACUAUGCACUCAACGAGCACGCAGACGUCCCUGCCCCUUAUGCACAAAAGAAUCUGGACUCUGUCUAUGCCUAUGGUGGUGCGAACAUGCCAUCAACGCCAAAUGGCGCAAGGCCAGGCCUCACCCCCAUGCACAGCGUCUCGCACUCGACAUUCAAUUUGGGCCAUACUCUGCAAUCCUCGACAGAUUCGAGUCUGUUGCCUGUUCGGCCCGGACCUAUCCGUCCUCCUCCCGGAUAUGCUUACGCUCAGCUCUUGCCGGGUCGCACGAUCAGGCUGACCCUUCGCACACCUCGCAAGGUGUCUUGGGCGCCCGGCCAGAACUGCCUUCUGACGGUGCCGAGUAUUGCCUUCUGGCAGUCGCAUCCGUACACGAUGGCCAAUGCAAUCUCGAGCCAGAAUGCAGAUCAGACAGAUCUCAUCUUCUUGAUCAGGACGCGCCAAGGCUUUACGAAAGAUCUGUGGAAUUCUAUCGUGGCCAAACGACGACAGAAGGAAGCUCAGCCGGGCACCUACGACCUCACGCAGGGCGUGAUGAUACGUGCACAAGUCAGUAACGCGCUCGGCUCAGCUUCACGAGCACGUUGGGCGGACUACAGCUCUGCGAUCAUCUAUUGUGGCGGGUCGGGCGUCAGCUUUGGCUUGUCAGUUCUCGAGCAUCUCUGUCAACAGAUGGCGUUGCGUGACGCUGCUGCUCGUCGCGGUGCAUCGACGAACUUCAAGCUCGAACGUGUCAGAUUCGUGUGGAUCUUGCGCGAGUAUGCUCACUUGUCAUGGAUCGCGCCCCAACUGCGAAAAUGUCUCGACAUGUGUCCGCCGUCCCAACUUCAAGUCGAUCUCUUCGUCACGCGUGAUGCUGUCAAGAGUGUGACAGCCUCUACGCAGCCUGAGCAGCUGCGACCGCCGCCAUCUCUCAACCCAGACGGCAGGCCUUCGCUCGUCUCUGUCGAGACGAGUGCGACGCAAGCUAGCUACGAUGCAGAAGCUGGCGGUAUCUAUGACAUGUAUCAAGAAGACGAAGACGCAACAGAAUUUGUACUCUUCGAAGGAGAGGAAGAUGUGCGUACAACAGGCGAAGCAAAGGUAUCUGCGACAGUACGUAAGGAAGGACGACUGCGUCGGGCACGAUCUCGCAUCUCGCGCGGUCUCGCGCCUGGCAGAUCAGAAGCACUCGCACCCUUGACCCAUCCACCAGCGCGCAAGUCGUCUUAUAAGCAUGCGCCAUCCGCGUCGCAGAGCAGUCUCGCGCCCUCGUACAACGCUGAGUCGCGGAGACCGAGUUCUGGCAACGUUUCGAUGAUGUCCGCGGCUGUCGAGCAAGAUUCGAGCUUCGAGAAGUCUGACUUUUACGAUCGCUCCUUGUAUGCCUCGAGCACACAGAACAUCCUGGGCAGCAUGCAGCAUCUCUCACCGUUCCGUGAUGAACACGAAGACAUCUAUCUCGACGUAGGAGCAGCGGACAAGGAAGAUCUCGAUAUCAUCGCCGAGCUAGCUCGGUCUGGCAAGCCGCGACUCGAGCAGAUUGCGGAUCAAGAAGUCAGACGGGCCAGCGGGAAGAUCGUCGUUGCUUCUUGUGGACCGACGGCACUCAACGCUCAGGUCCGCCGACUGGUCGCAGAUCGCAUCAGUCCGCGCAAGAUCUGGCAAGGCGACCAAUCUGGCCAGAUUGUACACGUUUGCGAGGUCAGUAUCCCUCUGAUGAAGGAUGAUCUUGGCUGA